AGAGUGAGUGGGUGGGUCUGGGAUGGCCGCCUCUCCGUCUCCGCCCCACCCCCACCCCACAAGUUUCUCGGGGCCACUUCUGCACAAUUGCCAGGACCAAGAGCUCCGUGUGCUCUGAACUGGAGAAAGAAAAAUAAAAAAAGCCAGCUCCAAACAAAGAGCAGCCGGUCCCCGCCCGCCCCGGGCCUGUGGGCGCGUCCCAGCUGGCCAGUCUGCGAGAGGGGCGCCCAGCAGGCUGCAAGAGAGGCAGGGAGCGCGCGGGGUUGGGCAGAAGGCUGUGCCCAGGGCAGCAGCAGUCACCGCUCCAGGAUCCCGAUCCUUCCCUACAUCCAGUCCAGCGGUUGUGGCCCGGCCCAGCUGCCAUGGCACACUGCAAGACGGAGCAGGAGGACUGGCUGUUGGCCCACCUGAAGUACCUGCUCUUCAUCUUCAACUUCUUCUUCUGGGUCGGUGGGGCAGCUGUCAUGGCUGUGGGUAUCUGGACACUGGUGGAGAAGAGUGGUUACCUCAGCAUCUUGGCCUCGAGCACAUUUGCUGCCUCUGCCUACAUCCUCAUCUUUGCUGGUGCUCUUGUCAUGACAACCGGCUUCCUGGGCUUCGGGGCCAUCAUCCGGGAGCAGAAGAGCUGUCUCUCCGUGUAUUUCUGCCUGUUGCUGGCCAUCUUCCUCGUGGAGCUGGUGGCAGGGGUCCUGGCACAUGUGUACUACCAGAGGCUGAGUGAGGAGCUGAAGCAGCACCUGAACAGCACCCUGACUGAACGCUACGGGCAGCCAAGAGCCGCAGAGAUCACAGCCUCGGUGGACCGGCUGCAGCAGGAUUUCAAAUGCUGUGGCAGCAACAGCUCAGCCGACUGGCAGCACAGUACAUACAUCUUGUCCCAGAAUGCCCAGGGGCGCCGGGUACCCGACAGCUGCUGCAAAACCGUGGUGGCGCACUGCGGCCAGCGGGCCCACCCCUCCAACAUCUACAAGGUGGAGGGAGGCUGCAUGGCGAAGCUGGAGCAGUUCCUGGCUGACCACCUGCUGCUCAUGGGCGCAGUGGGCAUUGGGGUGGCCUGUCUUCAGAUCUGCGGGAUGGUUCUCACCUGCUGCUUACACCGAAGGCUCCAGCAACACUUUUACUAAAGGAUGCCCCAGUAGCCUGCUGACUGCCCCACACGAGAGCCCACAUCCCCACAUCCUGAACCAGGCCUGCAAAGUCAGCAGUUGGGUCAUGACUCCCUCAACCCUAUGCAGAGCCCACCAGCUGCCUGUGGUUGUGGCUCCUGGGAGUCCCGCUGGGGCAGGGACCUCGGCUCACUCCUCCAUUUCCAAGCACUCAUUCACUGCCAGAAUCUUUGGCAGGGGAUGGUUCUGGCAAGAGGCUGCCGGAGGCCUUUGCCAGGCACAGAUCCCUAUGGACUCCAGGAGGGCCAGAGCUCAGCUCCCUCUGCACUAUCUCAAUGCCUGAGUCUGGACUAGAAGGAUGGCAGAUGGGUCUUCCCAAGACUCCUGCAGGGCUUGGUGUGUAAUUCCCACUGACAUUGGGUCCCAGUCAGCUCUACUCAGAGAAAAGCACCACUUCAGGCAGACUGGGUUAGCUCACCCCUCCCAAAACUUAGCUGGUUUUGGAUCUUCCCACCAGUAACCGGCCAUGCCUUUCCUGUAGGGCCUUGGUCAGGGGUCAUCUAAGAUGGGGCAGCUAAAGCCACCAGGACAGGGCACUUAAAGAGGCAGGUUGGUUACAGCUGGGUGUGCGGCACCUGAGAGUCACAUGAUAAUCACGAGCCCCAGCCCCCGGUAAUGUCCUCUUCGCAGCAUGGACUCCCAGAAUGCAAGGUUUAAAAUGUUAGUGAAUUAGUGGGAAAAGCUCUUCCCUAGUGGCCCACACCUCGGGCUGUUACGUCAGGGCUGCCGAAAAGAGGAAGCUGUGGGGAAGGAGGUACUCUGCCUGCACCCCAUUUCCUGGUGCCUUCAUGGCCCCAUUUCCCUUCCACUGUGUUCUCUGCUUCCUUCCCCAUCAUUCCGGAGUAAUACGGUUCUCUCCUCCUCUCUCUCUAGUCAUUGAAUGAAAUAGAGACUAUUCGGGAAGAACUCCCCACACAUUAAAGUAGACAGAAAGAAAAUCCUAGAAAAAAUCAAAAGUUGGGAGUAGAUAUCAACCACUACCAUAGGGAGUAUAGACAUAGGGUACAGACCAUAGGGGAUCCCCUCUUCAUUGAUCAUGGCUUGGGCAGCUUUGUGCACCAGGACUCCAAACCAGCCUCAGCUCCACAUGGGUCUUGCUCACCUCUCCACAAUGAACAAGUUGGCAUCUCAUUAACCAAACGCACUUACGACUUGCCUUCUGUCUGACCCAGUUCUUACCGCCAUGCACCCAGAUCCUGCUGAGCUGGGUCCGUUGUUGCAGGGAGAUGAGCUCCCAGUUGUACAUAAGGGAACGAAGGGCCACUGGUUGCAGCCCCAGCACAGGUCUAAAAUUCCAUUCUCAGGGCAGGAAGUAGUUGCACCAACAACGGGAACAUCAGCCUCUCUUGGGUCAGCCUCUUCUUCUCUGGGAUUCUCCGGGGGACUACGUGGAGCCCCAGGCUGGCUUAUGUCAUCUGCCUGAAGGGCCCUGGGUUGCCUGUACAAACUCAGAAGAAGAAGAAGAAAAAAAAAAAGACACUCCCAAAAAUCCUAGACUACAUUAUGGCCGAGAGAAAAUCUUAGCUGCCCUCCACCUUCCCAGAUUCUUGCAGCUAUUCGAAGGCUCACUUUGAUCUCCAAGCUUAUAGACCUAUAAGACUCAGAUAGAGGGGAUUAAACAAAAGAUGUAGGGCCCAAACCACAUUCCUCCUGAAGAGGCUCUGAGGGAAAUGGUAAUAUACAAAGGGAUACUGUGGCCUCAGGCAUCAGCUGUCAGGGCACCAGCCAGGUGGACCCAAAGAAAGUAGAGCUAGAAGCCCCUCCCCCCAGCACCAGCUGCCAGGUUGGCAUUCAAGAACAGUGUUCUAGGUGGUAUGGCCAAAUAGUGGCAGCCUUAACGCCUCCCCUAUCCUAUAUUAAACAUUUGUUAUUUCUGGGCUCUGGAGUGGACACAAGGUGACUUCUGUCUUGAGCCCCCUCACCCCUCGCAGGGUCAUAGAGGUUCAUAUCCGAAAGGCUCUGGCUGUCUGGAGGAUGUGCAGCAGGCCCGUGUGAUGAGCCACUGGGAGCUCAGAACCCGCCACUCUGAACAGCUUCCAGGGUUUUGAAGUCAAGGGAAUGAAUGGACCAGUUAGAACCCUACCAGCUUUGAAAAUGCCCUCUGCUUAUUGGCUUUUCAGGGCUGGGGCAAAGGGGCAAGAGAAGGGAGGGCAGCCAAAGCUGCUCAGAAGGGAACGUAGCCAUCUUGUGACUUCCGGGUGGCAGUUAGGCCAUCGGUGACCAGUGUGGCAUGUCUUACACUUGCUCUCCCCUUAGCACCUCCAGGGGAACCUUCAGAGCAGCAUAUUACCUCCCCAUAGUUGCUCUAAGGAAGGACAGAGCCAACAGCUGGCAUGUCUGCUAAGUUCCCAGGUGGUGAUGCCACGACCUGGCUACCACACCAACCCACAGUGUGGACCACAUGGACCACAUGAGGACACAGCUACCUUCAGAUGUCAGAACCCUCAAAAGACAAAAGUCAUUCAGGUCAUCUGACCCGAGUCACACAUGGAGCUGCUUGAGACUGUUCCCACUAGGUCCACAGGGAGGGUGAAAUGACGUCAACCACUGAGUGGCUUCCAACCAGCCAAGCAUAUGCCUCUCGAGAGAGCCUGCUUGGCACUCCUGCCCUUACACUCCAAGAUCCCAGCUUCUUCUCUGUGCCGUGGGGUGGCCCUGCUGUGCCCCUGCCACUCUAACAUGUCUAGCCAGAAAUCAAGGCUCCCUCAUCCUUCCCCUCCGGCUUACACACCUGUGAAACCUGUUCCCUCCCUACGCCAGUACUGACGGAAAUUCCAGGGACCCCAUUGUCAGGAGGCCAGAUGGGCUCCUGGAUCUAGCUGGCCCAUGGAUGUGAGACAUCAGAUCUCCUACAAAGGCAGAAACUGCCUUUAGCUACUGCUUACAGCGAAACUCCAGAUGUGAGAUGCACCUCACCGUAAGCUUGGUGCCUUGUGCUAACGGACUCGAUAAUAAAGGACUUGUACCAGA